AUGACCUUACACUGUUUCUCCAGGCCUGUUUCCACCGGUAGAAUUUCAUCGGAUCUGUUGUCCCGAGCUGGUACUUGCAACCCGUUAAUCGGGUAUUAGCAAAAAUGAAUAAUAAAAUAAGUUAUUUAUUAAAGACAGUGAGAUGCGUGCAUAGGUGCAAUUCUGUGCAGGCACCCAGCUCUUCAGCUACAGUGAGAGCACACGCUUUGGGGAUUGGCAGAUAUAAGGAUCCCAUGGAAAACGCAAACUUCAGAAAAAUCUUUUUAAACAUUUUUCGGUGUCUGCAUCAAUCAUCUCUUCGAUUUCUAUCUCAGAAGACAGAUGUUUUUAGUACAGGUGCUAAAAUACAAGUGGAGAAGAGCACAGAGGCUUUGGUGAGUGAGCAGGCCCCCCCGAGCUCCUUGACACUUCAAAAGUUGGAGGAUGGUUCCGGGAACCUGGAAGCGAAGCAAGGAACGGUUCACACCGAGCAGUUCUUUAACAGCCUCCAGAAAUGCACGUGUCCGUCUGACGUACUGGACUUGGUUUCAGAGUCUGCCGUUUCCACCAAGCAUUUCACAAACUGUUUGACUACGUUGUGGCGACUCUUCAAAAACCUGUCUGAAGACCAGCGGCGUUACGAGAAGCGGCUGAUCUUUGAGCACCCGGCCUUCGUUCCGCUUUGCCAGCAGCUGCUGCGGGACUCCAGACGGAUGACGCGGGGGGACUUGGUGUUCAGCCUGCAUGCUGUGGUGAACCUAGGCGUUCCUCAGAACACUCUCCUGGUCCAGACCUUCUUGAGGGUGUGCCAAGAGAAGCUUAAUCGACUUGAUAACCGAUAUGUCUCCGUUUUGGCGAGCACUUUAGCAGGGCUGGAUAAAGACAAGAACGUGAGCGCUCUUCAAGCUGGAUUACGAUUACUAGUAGAGCAGCGAAUCCCAGAUAUCGGAGACAUCUUUAUACUGCAAAACCUAAUGAGAUGCAUGGGAAAAGAUGCUCCAGUCUUUUUGAAAAAGAAGUUAGAGAUGGCAGUUUUGAAAGAGAUAGACCAUCUGACUUUCCCGAAUGCUCAGCGUGUGUUUUUGGCUCUUGCUGCAAUGAAUUAUUGUUCCAUUCCGAUCCUGAAUGCCUGCAGCGAAAAGAUUCUGGGUUAUUUUAGUAACGUGGAGCCAUAUGACAAGGAGGAACACAGAAAAUUACUAAUGUACAAUCUCCAGUACCGUAAUGUAAAAUUGUUCUCAGCAGUAGCAAACUAUGUGACUUCCACUGUCUACCUUUGGGACAAAAGACAGAUUAUCCUUUUUCUCUCUGCCUUCGAGAUGCUUGGCUUCCAGCCUAGUGAACUGAUGGAUAUUUUUGCUGAGAAGGUGACAGAAGACCCGGAAUUCCUGAACUUGAAAUAUCUUUUGAUAGUUCUCCGAGUUUAUUCACAACUCAACUAUGUUCCCAGAGGCCAAAAGCAUCUGUUUUUUGAGACUCUUCAUAGCUGCUUGAAUAAGUACCUCCCCCAUAUUUCCAACACGGAACUGCUGAAAGCGGUGUAUUCACUUUGCAUUUUAGGAUAUCUACCUCAUCUUGCACUUGAUCAGCUGCUGCAAAAGGACAACCUUGACGAACUUCUACAGUCAGGUGUCCUUUACAAAGAACAAAAGGAAAGGAUGCUUCAUUGUGUGAAAGCAUGUAUGGAACUCGAUAGCCCUUCCUUCACAAAGCCUGCAUUUGUGCUGACUGAGGAGUUCUCCUCAUUAGUACCUUUUAAUCUCAGAAAGGCUCGAGAGGCCCUUCUAGAACUUCUGGGAGAUGAGAACAUGUUUCGGCAAAAUGUUCAGCUGCUGCACAAAUACCAUAUUGAUUUUGAAAUCAGAAUGGAUUCAGAGAGAAAGAAAGUGCUCCCAGUAACUGCAACAGAUGAUCAUGCUGACUCAAGUGUUCAAAGGUUGGCUUUUCUCUUUGUUCCUCUCUCUGCUUUCUGCGUGGGUACAACACACCCCCAAGGGAAGCUGGCAAUGAAGAAGAGGCAUCUAAAUAAACUGGGCUACCGUGUGAUUGUGAUCAUGAACAAGAAGUUUCAGGAAAUGACAAAUGAAGAUGCAGUUGAGUUUUUGAAGGGAAAAAUUUAUUCAAGAAAUGCUUUCCCUUCUUCUGAAGUGAAUAUGCAGGAUAAUAAUUAAAAUAAAGUAACAGGUUUUGAGUCGUCUGAUUUUUUUUCCUGUUCACUUAACAUAAGUUUUUAAUGGCAAAUAUAAGCAGCUUUAUGCACAACUGCACGCCUCGAAGUAUUACAGAUUGAGGAAAGUUUGUAAAGUCAACAGUGUCUGCUGAUAGUGGGGGUUUUCUUUAGCGAUAUAAGUAGUUACUUGAUUAAUGGCCCCGAAAGCAUCCUGUCAUCUAUCACUGUUGAAAUUGCUUGAUUUUAUAUUAUCAUCUCUUCCCUUUUCCCAUGCCCCAGGUGAAACUUCUCUUUUCUUGAGCUGGGUCAGAUUAGGGAGGUGACCAUUUCAAGUGCUGCUGUAACCUGGCCUACAAAUGAACUAGAAGGAUUCCUCACACAUCUUGCCCCUGUCACCCCCUGCAUUAGUCUCCAUGCAGAACUCUAGACAGAAAAGCAGUAAAUAAUUUGCAUGUCAUAACAGAUUUAUUAAAAAUUUCCAAGUUAUGUGGAAAGUUUCUUCAGAAAGUUUCUUACUCAAGUUUUCAGAAAUUUAGGACAAGAAUGGUUCCUUUAGUUGUAAGCGUUUUCUUUUGAAUCUUUUGCUCUAUUCCUACUGUAAUAGAUUUUGAGACUACAAGAAUACAGGCCUGGCAUAUCCUUAUAAACCAA